UUUAAGAGAAACUGUGCAUUUCCUACUUCUAAACUGGCUGUAUACUCAAUUUGCACAGCUCAGUUAGCCAGAGGAGCUGAGACAUCCGCUUCCCCCUACAAGAAACUCUGGAUCAAACAAGAUGGAUUAUCAAGUGUCAAGCCCCAGCUCUUACAUCGAUUACGAGACGUCAGAACCCUGCGUUAAAAUUGACGUGAGGCAAAUCGCAGCCAGGCUCCUGCCCCCGCUCUACUCUCUGGUGUUCAUCUUUGGUGUCGUGGGCAACCUGCUGGUAGUUCUCAUCCUGAUCAACUGCAAAAGGCUGAAGAGCAUGACUGACAUCUACCUGCUCAACUUGGCCAUCUCCGACCUGCUUUUCCUUCUCACCCUCCCGUUCUGGGCUCACUAUGCCGCCGCCCAGUGGGACUUUGGAAAUGCAAUGUGUCAGAUUUUGACAGCGGUCUAUUACAUAGGCUUCUUCUCUGGAAUCUUCUUCAUCAUCCUUCUGACAAUAGACAGAUACCUGGCCAUCGUCCACGCUGUGUUUGCUCUCAAGGCCAGGACAGUCACCUUCGGGUUGGUGACAAGUGGGAUCACCUGGGUAGCGGCCGUGCUGGCCUCUCUCCCGGGAGUGAUCUUUACCAAAUCUCAAAAAGAAGCUUCCCGUCAUACCUGCAGCCUUCAUUUCCCAGCCAGUCAAUAUCAUUUCUGGAAGAAAUUCCAGACAUUAAAGAUGGUCACCUUAGGCCUGGUGCUGCCCCUGCUCGUCAUGGUCAUCUGCUACUCGGGGAUCCUGAGAACCCUGCUUCGGUGUCGGAGCGAGAAGAGACACAAGGCUGUGAGGCUCAUCUUCACCAUCAUGAUCGUCUACUUUCUUUUCUGGGCUCCCUACAACAUCGUCCUCCUCCUGACCACCUUCCAGGAAUUCUUUGGCCUGAAUAACUGUGAUAGUUCUAACAGACUGGACCAAGCCAUGCAGGUGACCGAGACUCUCGGGAUGACGCACUGUUGCAUCAACCCUGUCAUCUACGCCUUCGUCGGGGAGAAGUUCAGAAGGUAUCUCUCGGUGUUCUUCCAGAAACACAUCGCCAAGCACUUUUGCAAACUCUGUCCCAACUUCCAAAAGGAAGUCCCUGAGCGCGUAAGCUCAGUUUAUACCCGAUCUACUGGGGAGCAGGAUAUCUCAGUUGGCUUAUGAGCUGGACUCAAGCUGGCCUAAGGCCUGGACUGCAUUGUGUCUGUGACUCAGUUUUCAUACAGCCUGGGGGGUGGGAGUGAUUCUUUUAAAAAAAAAAAGAAGUUACUGUCUCAGAGAGUCCAAGAUUCGCCCCCUAUUGGACAUCUCUUUUAAGUAGAUUGGAUCUUUUAA